AUGCUGCUGCCCGGCCUAUCCGCGCGCCACGCGCCUCUCCGUUGCGCUGAGUUUUCAGGCACGUCGCUGGAGCAGCUUCGGCAAGCGCAGGCAGCGUUUGUCGACGAGCGGGAGUGGUCGCAGUUCCACACGCCCCGCUCGCUUGCGCUCGCAAUGGUUGGCGAGGUCGGCGAGGUGUGUGAGCUGCUGCAGUGGCGUGGCGACGCUGGCGCGUCGCCUGGCCUGCCCGGGUGGACGGACGACGAGCGCGAGGCGCUCGCCGACGAGCUGAGCGACGUCCUGUCGUACGUGGUUCGCCUCGCCGACGUGACGGACAUCGACCUCCCCGAGGCCUUCCUGCGAAAGGUGGAAAAGAACAGGGCCAAGUAUCCC